CACACAUAAGGAUGAUACUUUUUAAAACGCUUAAAAUCGUUAGAAGACAGCCUGCUGUUUCAGCUGAUUUAAAAUUGAAAAUAGCGAAAUUCCCACUUCCAGCUGUUUAUAAAAUAUCCCACAAUUUAACUGUAAUAAAACAAAUUUUACAACACUAGAGAAACAAAACAGGCCUUGCCAAUACUGCUGCCAGGGUUUCAGAGAAACUGUGUUGUUACAUGUCAUAAACUAUCGAUAUUUCAACAAACUUGAAGCUUCGUCUUCCCAAAUUUUUCUAAGAUUAUUUUCCAACAAACAUUAGAACCACCAGAGCGGCAAUUCUUCGAACACAGCAAACAGCAGCAACGAUCAAAAUGACGGUCGAGAAUCUAGUGGAACUGUUUCGUGCAACUAUGGAUCCAAAUCCGGAACGGCACAUGGUCGCCGAGUAUCAACUGAACCAGAUGUGCAAAAUCAUUGGAUUUGCACCCACCAUUCUACAGAUAGUGAUGCAGGUGUCGGUGGAGAUGCCGGUGCGCCAGGCAGCAGCAGUUUUUCUUAAGCGUUUUAUCGAACACUUUUGGUCAGAUCACGAGGCCGAGACGGGCAAACCUAUAUCCUUCUCCGUUUACGAACAAGAUCGCACCAUUAUCCGGAGUGUUAUCAUGGACGCCAUUGUGCAUGCUCCCGAGCUGAUCAGGGUUCAGCUGUCCGUGUGCAUGAAUCACAUCAUCAAAAACGAUUUCCCUGAACGCUGGCCACAGGUGGUGGCCAACAUUAGCAUAUAUUUGCAAAAUCAGGAUGUCAACGGCUGGAACGCAGCCCUGGUGACCAUGUACCAACUGGUCAAAAUUUAUGAUUUUGGCAAAGACCGUACGCUACUGUACGAGGCAAUGAAUUUGCUGCUGCCCAUGAUUUACCAGUUAAUGGUACGCCUACUGACCGACCCGUCUGUUGAAUCAGUGCUCCUUCAAAAGCAAAUCCUUAAGAUCUACUACGGCCUUACGUUGUACAACCUGCCGAUGGAGCUCAUCACCAAAGAGGUCUUCUCCCAAUGGAUGGAGAUAUGUCGUCAUAUCGCCGAUUGCGAUGUACCAGACUGUUCUCAUCUCGAUAAUGAUGAGCGCACGGAGUUCCCUUACUGGAAGACCAAGAAAUGGGCCCUUCAAAUCAUGCUCAAUAUGUUUAGACGAUAUGGAAGUCCCGAUAAUGUGGUGAAUGUCAAGUAUCAAGAAUUCGCCAAGUGGUAUCUGCCCACUUUUAGCCAGGGUGUCAUAGAGGUGCUACUGAAGAUCCUUGACCAGUACCGGAAGCACAUCUAUGUCUCGCCUCGAGUCCUCGCUGCAGUUCUUUACUAUCUCAGGAGAGGUGCUUGCCACAGCCACUCGUGGAAGCUCAUUAAACCCUACAUGGAGGUCAUUAUCCAGGACGUGAUCUUCCCCAUUUUGUCGUUCUCGGACUCCGAUCAAGAGCUCUGGCAGAAAGAUCAGUGCGAGUUCAUUCGCUUGAAAUUUGAUGGCUACGAGGAAUACGGCUCACCAGUGUCUGCUGCCGAAUCUUUUCUUCGUUCCGCUUGCAAGAAGCGCAAGGGUGUCCUGCCCCUGGCCAUAAUUGUGAUUGUCGAAGUAAUUACCUCACCUGAUGUGGAUAACAAGCAGAAGGACGGCGGCUUUCACAUGCUCGGAACACUGGCAGACGUAUUUUUGUCAAAGGUCCAGUACUGCGCUCAAAUGGAAUCCCUUCUCACCGCAUACGUUCUGCCGGAAUUCGAAAAUCCCGCUGGACAUAUGCGGGCGCGUGCAUGUUGGGUGAUGCAUGCAUUUUCUGGGAUACAAAUCAAGAAACCCGAGGUGCUUGCCGAGAUCAUGAGGCUAACCACCAAUGCCCUGCUUGUCGACAAGGAGCUGCCGGUGAAGGUUCAAGCGGCCAUCUGCCUUCAGAUGUUCCUAUCGUGCCAGGAAGAGGCAAAGAAAUAUGUGGUGAACCAAAGCAUGGAGGUCUCCAAGGAGGUGCUCACCAUUAUACGCGAGACGGAAAUCGAGGACCUACAUCAUGUUAUGCAAAGGAUCUUUUGCAUCUUUACGGACCAACUGGUGCCUUUGGCCAUCGACAUUUGUCAGCAUAUGGCCACAACCUUUAGUCAGGCUGUUGCAUCGGAAGAGGACUCCCACGAGAGGGCUGUGACGGCCUAUAGUCUGCUUACCACAUUCGAAACCCUAGUGGGUGUAAUGGGGCAGCAUCCCGAUGUUCUAUGUAACAUGCAACCGAUAGUCAUGAAUGUGGUCACACUCAUUUUCGAGAACAACAUCAGGGAUUUUUAUGACGUUACUUUUGGGCUGAUCUAUGAGCUAACCACGAAGACGAUUUCAACCGAAAUGUGGCAACUGCUCGAAGAGAUAUAUCGUGUGCUCAAAAGUAACGGUAUGGAAUUCUUCCAGCAUAUUAUGCCAGUGUUGUAUAACUAUGUGACGGUUGAUACGACAGCCUUAUUGUCCAAUCCAAAUAGACUGUAUGCCAUUCUCGACAUGUGCCAGACGAUACUCACUAUCUGUCCUGGCGAUUACCAGGAGUGGUCUGCCGCCAAGCUGUUGGAAGUGAUUAUCCUGCAGUGCAAGGGUCAGAUUGAUGGGGUGAUGGAAAUAUUUGUGGAGAUUGCAUUGUCCCGGCUGAGGCGCGGGGUGCACUCCUCAGAGGUGCGAACCAUGUGCCUGCAGGUGGUUAUAGCGGCGCUCUACUAUAAUCCGCAGCAAUUGAUCUCCAUUUUGGAUAAGAUGUCGCAAGAGAGCAACGAAUCGAUAAUUGCACACUUUAUCAAUCAGUGGUUUAGUGAUAUGGAAUAUUUCCUGUGCGUUCACGAUCGUAAGCUUUCCGUCCUGGGGCUAAGCAUCCUUAUUUCCCUGGGCGAUGCUAAGCCUCUGGUGCUAAGAGAGGUUGCCGGCAGGAUUAUGCCGGCCCUGAUUCAGCUUUUCAGUGGCUUGAAUGACGCCUAUGGAUUAGGGGCCCAGGAGGACGAAGAAGAUGAGGAUGAGUAUGGUUCUGGCUCCGAGGAGAAUGUGACCAGCGACGAGGAUUUUCUGGACGAUAUGGGACUUGAGGAGGCAAGUGAGAACGAAAACGAAGAGGACUCUGAUUCUUUCCCAACGACCAUCGAUGACGAUGAGAACCGGACGACUAUCGAUGAGUUUUGUACGUUCAAGGAAGUUAUUACAGUAAUUUCCACUCAGGACCAGGCCUGGUAUGCGCUUCUCACCUCCAAUUUGACACCCGAACAGGAGAAUGCGCUACAAAAGGUGGUAAUGAUCGCUGACCAACGAUUUGCUGCCAAAAUUGCAAAAAGUAAUAGUUUAUCGAAAGCUCUUCCCAAUUAAUGACCAUUUGCCAUACGGUUAUUUGCUCUGGUGGUCCUUAUGUACUAUAAAACCGUACAAAUAUCCGCCAUGUUCAUAUAUAUUUUACAUUUUGAAGUAUUUGUUUAGAUAUAGUUAACUUUUGCUCAAGCGAUUGUGCAUAAGCUCAGAGUCAUUUACAAUUUUCCAGAUGUCAUUUUAACUUCAAAUGUACUAAAUUCUCAAUAAAGUGUUGUUCAGUGUAACAUACAUUUAAAUGAAA